AUGAUAACGGUCAAGGGGAAGGAAUAUUUCAACGUGACCCACUUCUUUAUGGAAGGGCAUAGCAUUGGAAAAAUCGACUUUAAAUUCGACAACUUGUUUAACGGAGACAAAAGCUUGGGAUCUCCUACUCUGCAGCUGAUCAACGACAACUGGCAGCAGGUGUGGGAAGAGCUGUUGCCGGUGUUCGUGGAAGUGUUUGGAAAUCUUUACACCCAAUUAUCAAAGCGAGUGUUUGACAGAAUACCUUUCAACGAAAUUUUCAGUGAUUGA